CCUCUGAUCGUUCAUUCUAUCGCAUUGCGCACGCGCGACACUUCAUCCACGGCUCGAAUUCUCACCACACAAACAACGCGUUCUCCGGGGUCCUGGUUUAAAUAAUCGCUGUCUUAGCAGCUUUUUCCGAAGAUGAUGGCAACGACCGAGAAGCACCCACCGCAGGCGUUCAUGUCAAGUUAUGCGCCGCGUUUGCGCCAGUACGGAAACUCCCUCUUGACUCCAGUCAUUCCUCAGGCCACAGCUCUACCUACAACAAGGACGACUAAAAGAGGAACAACCUUGAUAAAUUACGCUGAAGAUGGAUACGAUGAAGAUUUUGACGACAGCGAGGGCCAUCGACGACCGACAGGUCUCCGCAGUCUGAGACGCGACGAGACUCAACAGAACCCCGUUGCGCAUAUAGCGCAACUUGGUAAAGAACUUACUGCGCCGGUCGAUGUGCAAGGCAUAUGGAGGGACUGGAUGGGAAAGCCAAAGCGUGGCGUACGGACAGAAAAGCAGCUUCAAAUACAGUCCAUGUUACCAUUGACACUGAUUCCAAUUACGAUUAAUCUUAACAUCCAAUCUUUCCGCCCAGAUCCCGCUCUACCAACGCCACAUAAUGCGAAAGACUUUGGAAUUGAUGAGAGCCUUCCUGCAUACAAGUAUCCGGAGCCUACCCCUCAGUACCGUUUGAAGGACACUUUUUUAUGGAACCUACACGAGGCUUUGAUGACUCCGGAUCAGUUUGCGAAAGUUUUCGUGGAUGAAAUGGACUUUCCGGCCGACAGAAAGCUUGCUCUAGUCAUGCAAAUAUCACAGCAGAUCAGGCAACAGCUAGAGGAGUACGCGGGUGUCGCUCUACAUCCCUUGUUUCACUCAACGACUGCGACUGCGACCGACGGUACCGCUGUCAAGCAAAUACUUCCUGCUCAUGCGCGGGCUGAUUCAUCUGCGCCUGCGUCUGCAAGAGGUGGUACACCUCUCACAAACGGAUUCAAAGACGCUUCAGGAACUCAGACACCCUCGGUAGCUCCCGCCUCAGCGGAUGUCACAUUGACGGCAAAUGCAAUACCAGAAGAAGACAUACACAGCCCUGACGAUAGCUACCGCUGCAUUAUCCACUUAACCAUCAACCUUCAGAAUCGUCUCUACACGGAUAAAUUUGAAUGGUCCCUGCUCCAUCCACCCGGCUUCGCGGAAAUUUUUGCGAAGCAAACGUGCGCAGACUUGGGGUUAGCAGGAGAAUGGAUACCAGAAAUGACCCACGCGAUCUACGAGGCUGUUCUGAAACUCAAGAAGGAGGCGUGUAUCAAUGGUGGUCUGGUAGGAUAUGGAGAGAUUGACAAUGACGCCGCGGGCCCAAGCGAAGCCGGCUGGAGAUACGACCACGAACAUCUCGCAGACGAAUGGGAGCCCAAGGUGGAGAUUUUGUCCAAAGAAGAGAUCGAGCAACGAGAGGCUGACCGGGAACGCGAUGCGCGCAGAAUGCGCCGGGACACGGCGAGAUUCUCCAGUACUGCGAACAUGACUGCUGGGGUACCACAAAAUGACUUCUUUGCUACUCCGGAUGCAAGCGAGACACCGAUGGGUCGGGGAGAGCGAAGUAAAAAGAAGAGACGAUUCAGAAGUCUUUCCCCCGUAGGCAGAGAGACCCCUGAAGCAGGCUAUGGAGGCCAAGGAGGUGGAUUACAAGAAGGGGAACGCCAGUACUGGCGAUGUGCUCACUGCGCUGUGUGGGGUACUGCUGUUUGGGCUGUCCGUGAUGGCCCAAGCGGACCUAGGACCCUGUGUAACAACUGCGGCCUUCUAUACGAGCGUGACAAGCAGCUGCCCCCUUGGUCUCACAACCUAUACAUUCUCGAAACUGCGUUUGGCACGAGAAGAGUUUGAGGCCCCUUUAGUGUAGUCUUUUGUUUUCGUCUUUUGAUAUGUACAGUACAGCAUAGCAAGCAUGGCGUUCCGGGCCGGAUCCAAUUGGGUUGGAAUUGUAGGUACAGAAAACCCUUGCUUAGGGAGCCAGCUUCAUGGGGCUAUAUUUCCCAUGACCCAGAAAAACACAUUUAUUACAGGGUUUCAUGUUAUGAGAAAGUCUUGGUUAGACAUC